AUGUCUUCACCUCUAAGCUCCAUCUCCAGGUCUGGAUCUGAAAAUUCUACAGGUUCUGGUUGUGCUGCCAAUGGUGACUCGGUUCGGGAAUGUAUAGGCUUGGAUGCGGCAGCACUUCUCCAGGCACUGCAAGAUGCGCAUCGACAGCUCAACUCUUUGAAAGCGGAAAAUUCAGAACUUCGCCAGGAACUUGCUUCUCUACGUUGCAAAAUUCCUCAAGGCAACAUUUCGAGUGCAUCCAAUCUGUCUAGUGAUCUCUCUGCGUACGAUGAGGAAAUCACAAAAUUUGGCAAAGUCUUCAUGCACUGUUUUUCUUUGUGGAUCAACCCCGCCCCUCCUUCACCAUUUUGUGCUCCUUGUCCUUCCUUCCAGUGGAACAGUCAGGAUCGGUAUCUAGAUGCUGAUUCAAUCACUUCCGGUCCAACAUCAGAGCUAUAUGCAUGUGUUCCUCCAAAAUUCCACGAUUAUAUGGGGAAGCACGAAUGGUUUCAAGAUAUUUUCAUGGCGAGUGUGUCCUCUGGCCACUCCAACAUGCUUCUGCGUGCACGCACCCAUGCAGCGCUCAUUUUUAACAUGACCUCAACAUUAUUUGAAACGAAUCCAAAGGGCGAUGACAAGGGCCGAAUGGCAAACAAUCCUGAACUAGUGCGUCUGCUUGGCUACAAACCCAAUGGUAAAUUGGCCAAAGAACACUAUCCAUCGAGUCCCCCUGUUCUAUUUGCCAAUGAUAACAUCAACGCUGUCGAGGGUUUCUUGAAGAAUAAAAUCCUCAUCUCUUGUGCUACACAGAUGGGCCGUCUCUUGGCAUAUGGUCUGAGAGCUUUGAAUGGCCGGAGUCAGAAACUCACAUUCAAUAGAAACAGCCCCCUUCACAGCGAUCCGGAGAUGAACAAGGAUGGCAUUGGGAAAUUUACAGGCAUCAACUAUUUUAAUGAGGCAGAGGCAUACAAAAAACAGCUAAUCGAAAACCAAGACUCACCAAUCGUCUGGAAGUUGUUGGACUACUGGAAUGUGGAAGUGUUCCCUUCCUUGCAUCUUGCCUCCAACCCUCAAUCAGAUGAAGAAGACGAUUUGGCAACCGUGCCUGUGCUUCAACCACAGCCAAUUUCUGUGGCAGCACCUGGACCUGCUGGGCCCGCUUCAACCGAGUUGAUGCCGAUGACGACCCCAGUUGCUCCUUACAUGGCUCCUGCAGCUAUACCCAAUUCAAAUGCACCGCCGCGAGCCCCAAGACUUAAGCAGCACAACACAAAAAACUCGAAAGCACCCAUUGCUGCCGACAUAGAACUCGUCACUAAUGAAUCACUUGGUGGACUGGUCAGUGUGGCCCACGGAGAAACUGAUGUAGGCCUUGCACCACUGACCAUUCCCAAUCCCAUUGCCGUUGAUGCACCCCUACCCCCAGUCAAACCUACUCACGGCGCACAUGCAAAGAAAACCCCCCCAGUUACGGCUGAUCCUGAACUGACUGCACCUCCUCGAAGGACAUGCGGUGCUGGCGUGAGGGCGAAGACCAAUGCAAACACAAACAUUGCAAACUACCUAAUUAAAGCGUGGAUCACUUUAGCUACUAUUUUUGGUGCUUUGUGGUCAUCAAUACAUACUAUUCUGCAUCUUGAGUUUGGAAACUAUAGACAAGUCAGUAAGAUGUAUAAAGUGGCUCAACUACAACACAAUACACUGCCUACGGAAUAUAACAAGAGUUUGUAA